UGUAAAACUAAUCAAAUAUCUUUCGUUAAACCUGCGCAGCUCUAUUUAAAAUAGCUUCCUUCCUAUCUCGGCUUAUACCCAGCAAUUUUGAAAUAUUAACAUCAGAUAUAUUCAAAAUGUUCCGAUCUUGUCUUCUCCGCUCAAGUCGUCUGGCAGUAGCUGCCAACGCAACCAGCCGAACAUUCACAACCAGCUUCAGGUCGACCCUCUUACAGACGCGCGCAUCGCCGUCAAGAUCGGUGCUUUUACACAGAGGUGUGAACGCAAAUGCCUUGUUGACUAAAUAUGCGCGUACGUACACGUCAGAUACCGACAGAGAUAUCAAGGCUAAGAUAGAGGAGGUCAUCAAGGCUAACAAAUUGGUUGUAUUUAUGAAGGGUGUCCCUGAGGCUCCCCAGUGCGGUUUCUCGAACGCCGUGUCGCAGAUUUUGAGCAUGCACGGGCUGAAGGACUACGUUAGUUUCGAUAUUCUGCAGGAUCAAGAGCUUCGACAGGCUAUCAAGGAGUAUUCUGAUUGGCCCACUAUCCCGCAAGUGUACAUCGAUGGUGAAUUCGUCGGUGGGUGCGAUAUCAUCCUGGAACUGCACAAGACUGGCGAGCUCAUCAAUGUGCUGAAGGAAGCUGGUAUUGAGUCCACGAUGCCAACCGAAGAGUAGAGUUCAAUAUAACAUUAGAAUGCCCGUUCGUGAAGGCACAACACCCCCAGAGCCCUCUAUUCUUCCUAGUUAUCUAUAGAUGCAAGCUACGUGUAUUCGCUUGGGGUCAGAGAAAUUAGACAUGCUCGGCUGUAUCGAUUACUGUGGAGAUGUGCUCAAGCUUGCCAUCUACGGUAACAACGAUAAAAGAUGCAAAUCUAAUACAUAUUCUCUGCAAGGG